AUGAGUACUGUUUCCGAACCUGAGCAGGCGCAGCGCACUGGCGAGGAAAAGUUUCUGGGUAUCCCUUAUAACGAAAGAUGGGAGUACUUGAAGCCGCAUAUUGUCUCAAUGUUCAUGGCCGAAGGCUUAAAUAUCCAAGAAAUCGCCACGCGCAUGAAGGAAAGAUUUGAUUUCGCCGCAGUACCCGACCAAUACAAGUACCAACUGUUCAGGAAGUGGCGCAUCAAGAGAAGAACUACCAAGAACGAGAAGGAAUUGAUCAUUGCAAAAGUUGGCAAGCGCUCGAGGUCUAUUCCAAGCAGUUCGCAUAUAACCAUCGACUCGGGAGGUUAUGCAAAACCAGUUGACAAGAAACAACUGAAGCGCUACAUUGGAGAGAGCAUUCGCCACUCAGACAACCUCCAGAUUAAAUCUGCAUUCUUCCUUAACUGGAACCUUCCCUACAAAUCCUUCAUGAGUAAUCUUGGAUUGCCACACGAUCAUCCUUCCCCUUUGGCAAGAGGACCGCCGACUCCAGACAAUAUCACUGCAACGACGCCUCAAUCCAGCGCCUCUCCAUCUACCGGUAUAAAUGGCCCGUCUCCAACUACUCAGUUGGUUCUACGCAAAGUACUCGUCGACAAAUCGAAACUUCUACUCCAGGGCCGAGAAUUGGAGUUGCUGAAACAGCUGAGUGAGGUGGAGAGAGCAGCAACAGUGACUUGGAUGCACGACUACUGGAUGUACGCUUUCAUGACCGCGAAGUACUGGGGCAAAGGGCCGAGAUACUGGUCCCCAAGUAUGGUCAACUUCAAGUCGAUGGGUACACAACAGAUUCUUGAAUCAUCUUCACCUGAGAAACAUACAGCCUCGAACGCCCUUUUAGUUUUGCAGCCCCCAAGCCUCCUGUGUCACUGGACAAUACAUCAUGAGGAGACGAAUGACUACGAGGAGCUGCCGGUCGACGAACGUAACGCGGACGACGAGGGGGACUAUGAUGUCGAUGACGAAACAACCUGGCCAACCUGGGCUCAGUCAGUGUCUCAGGGUGACUAUACCGAGACGAUACGAGAAGGAUUGAUUACAAAUUCAUUCAGUUCACUGAGUCAAGGUGAUUUGCCUGUAUCGACGGAUAUGAUUACGAAGCCUUGCGCCAAGGCAGAUAAACGACAGAAAAUUGAAGCGCUGGGGUUUGCUAUAAUGGCCCGGAAUCCGGAUAUUGUGAACAACAUUAUAGAUGACGUACUCGGAAUUCAAUGGCUGUCAGACAUCAGCAAAGAGCUGCAUCCAUGUAAUUUGGCGGCGGCUUAUCUCGAUGGGUCACGGCAAUGCUGCCUCGUUAUGCGUUCAGUUUCGUUUCUGGCCAUAUUUGAACCUACCAAAGAUGAGCAUGAUCACACAGUCUUGGACUCGUUGUUCAUCACCAUUCUUCGUUCGCACACCAGUAUUAGCCCAGCUCUGGUCAGUGCUUCAUUCAAGAAAACGAAUCGUACCCGAUUUCCCGGAGAAGAGGUCGACAUUUGCGGAAGAUGGGAUGCAGAUUCGCCCCAGGUUCGUCAGUUAUUCGCCAGUGGACAUCCUUGUAUCCCGCAGGAGUGGAAGCACAAUUUCUGCCACACUUCAACUCAAGCCAUUUGCCAUUCAAUCCAGACAAUCUUUGGUCGAGACGAUCCGCCCUAUAUCAAUGAGCAAAGUGGCCUGUUUACGGUUUGCGAGGGAUGCGGGCGCGCAGAAUAUCCCGGUCCGUUGCACACACUUGUCCGUGUUGCUUUUUAUCUCGUUCAAGAUGGGUGUGAAGGCGAGACCCUGUUUGGGGCCCUUGCAUGUCUGGUCUGUUUGGUUAUUCACGGUGCUGACCCACUCAUCAAAGCUGAUACGUCUGUACCAAGUGUCACUACUCUACAGGCAUGCAGACACGUAUCAUUGACCGCAUUCGAAUUGGCGACGCAUCUCACUCUACAUGGUGCACCCGGUCCCGAAAGGGUCUUGGGCUGGAAUGUGUUCAUGUCUCUGCUCGAGUACAUCACUAAGGGAGCUGAAGCUCAGCUAAGAUUAUCCCAGGACGAACUGGAAGAUCAUGACGAGGAGGGCAUACCCUUCCAAUGGGCCGGUGAUAGAAAGUUGCCAGUUCUUUGGUCUGCCAUUCAGACCGAGUUUCUCUCAUAUCGCAAGAUCGAAGAAGACGAUCCUUCCAUAUCUCCUAGAUUCAACAUGGAAACACUGUUCGAUGGACUCAGGAAUGGGCAUGGUCCGGUCGAGAUUGAAUUAAUUCAGAUGGGAAUGAUGAACAUCAGGGAAGAUGGUUUCUUGGAUGCAAAAAGUGGAAUUCCUACUGUCACUAACGCUUGCUCCUCAUACUAUGCAAACGUUGAGAGAUGGGGUCGCAUUAAUUUCAUUGAAAGGUGUGAGUUAAAUUAG